AAUUCAUGAUUCAUCCAAGACAAACGGUGCUUAGCCAGUGACUCACCUUGGGACUGUAGGGUCUAUGUAGCCAGUGACUCACCUUGGGACUGUAGGGUCUAUGUAGCCAGUGACUCACCUUGGGACUGUAGGGUCUAUGUAGCCAGUGACUCAACUUGGGACUGUAAGGUCUAUGUAGGCAGUGACUCACGUUGGGACUGAAGGCCUAUGUAGCCAGUGACUCACCUUGGGACUGAAGGCCUAUGUAGCCAGUGACUCACCUUGGGACUGAAGGCCUAUGUAGCCAGUGACUCACCUUGGGACUGAAGGCCUAUGUAGCCAGUGACUCACCUUGGGACUGUAGGGUCUAUGUAGCCAGUGACUCACCUUGGGACUGAAGGGCCUAUGUAGCCAGUGACUCAGCUUGGGACUGAAGGGUCUAUGUAGCCAGUGACUCACCUUGGGACUGAAGGGCUUAUGUAGCCAGUGACUCACCUUGGGACUGAACGGCCUAUGUAGCCAGUGACUCACCUUGGGACUGAAGGGCCUAUGUAGCCAGUGACUCAGCUUGGGACUGUAGGGCCUAUGUAGCCAGUGACUCACCUUGGGACUGAAGGCCUAUGUAGCCAGUGACUCAGCUUGGGACUGAAGGACCUAUGUAGCCAGUGACUCACCUUGGGACUGUAGGGUCUAUGUAGCCAGUGACUCACCUUGGGACUGUAGGGUCUAUGUAGCCAGUGACUCACCUUGGGACUGGAGGGCCUAUGUAGCCAGUGACUCAGCUUGGGACUGAAGGACCUAUGUAGCCAGUGACUCACCUUGGGACUGAAGGGCCUAUGUAGCCUAUUCAUGCACCUUUUGCUUAUUGAAUGACAUAAACACUUCACCUGUCCCCUUUUCCAAUUCUGCAUAGAAAACUACACGUAUGAGCUUCAAUGUAUUCUUGUUGUAUUAUUUAAUACCCACAUAAAAACAGUCAAACCAAUUGAUUAAAGCAAUUUCUAGCACAUAGCUUCGUUACAGCACCUUGGACAGCUCCUCAAGGCGUCAGCCCUCUCUCCAAACCUAAUGAAUUCCCAUUGAUCAGAAUCUCUACUGUGGUGUGUGUGUAUGUGUCGGAAGGAGUGUACAGGGGAUUAUUUACGGGAAAGGUGCACACGAGGCAAGCCGCAGUGGGAGGGGCAGGAAGCUGUCGCAUUUUUCUGAAUGAAAUUCCUCUACAGGAGUCCCCCAUCACACCCCUCGUCUCUCCUAGCACCUCAUUGGCUGAAGCUCACCACCACUGACGUCAGACAGACCUUCCCUAGUGAAGAACCCUGCGCGCAUUAGAUCCAUCCAGUCAUUCUGGCGUUCGCACCACCCGGAGAAACUGAGAAUAUGUUAUUACUCUGAUGGGGACAAUCAGACAAGCCUUUUCUGAGAUAUAACCAACCAUCGAUAUACCGAUACACCGAGACACAAGGACAGCAUCACGGCAUCACUGUCUCCUGAAUGCUCUGUGAACAGAGCUGAUUUGGAAGAAUCGUGAUCAAGGUAUUUUUAUCAAUAGAAGGUAAGAUAUUUUGCAGUGUCUGUCUGUCUGUCUGUCUGUCUGUCUGUCUGUCUGUCUGUCUGUCUGUCUGUCUGUCUGUCUGUCUGUCUGUCUGUCUGUCUGUCUGUCUGUCUGUCUGUAUGUGGUAUGUAAUGUGUAGAUUUUGUAAACGUCAAAUGAUUUAUCAGAGCCAGAGCAUAUUGACAUGGUUUUCCAAGAUGCUGAAAAUCUGUUACAAAACACUCCCCACUGUACUAUAGGAGAAGAGUGGAGAGGAGUCACGAGAAGGGCUGCAGUCUUCUCCUCCUUCUCCCUGGAGUGUGCACUCCUUCACUCGCCCUCAUGGAUUUAAAAGCAUUGGUUGGACGUAGGCUAGACAGGGAUUUGUCACCAUAUGUCUUACAUUGCUUUCUAUACCUUGUAAAUCAAUGAGGGGGGGUGAACAUUUCAGAGAGAAGAGUAGAGAUCAGGCAAUGGAACGGAAUGGUCCCAGAGCAAUGGAAUGGAAUGGUCCCAUAGCAAUGGAAUGGAAUGGUCCCAUAGCAAUGGAACGGAAUGGUCCCAGAGCAAUGGAUUGGAAUGGUCCCAUAGCAAUGGAAUGGAAUGGUCCCAUAGCAAUGGAUUGGAAUGGUCCCAGAGCAAUGGAAUGGAAUGGUCCCAGAGCAAUGGAAUGGAAUGGUCCCAUAGCAAUGGAAUGGUCCCAUAGCAAUGGAAUGGAAUGGUCCCAUAGCAAUGGAAUGGAAUGGUCCCAUAGCAAUGGAAUGGAAUGGUCCCAGAUCAAUGGAAUGGAAUGGUCCCAGAGCAAUGUGAGGAGCACGCUGAGUCUCUCCUUUGAGAGAGCAGUUUGAGUUGGACCAGUAGUUCAAGUGCCCUUCCUCCUGUGUCAUAAAGGCCCGGACCUCUUGACAGAUGGACGAAGUGGCCGAAGACCCAGGAGAGGAAGCCACUGUAGACUAUUGAGAUGCAGCCCCAGCACAGGGUGGCUGUCUGCUGUGGUUAUCAACUACUCACGUGCAGGGAAGACAGAAGAGGAGGAAGAGCUGCUGCUAUUAGUACAGUGAAAAUGUGUAUUAACAUUUCUGUAUCUUCUCUUUCUCUAUCUCUCUUUCUCUCUCUCUCUCUCAGGUGUGGUGUGUUUGACCCAUAAUGACCCAAAAUGACUCUGACGUUUGGUUCGAGGAGUCUUCAGGUUCAGGGAUGUCUUCACAUCUUUCCCUGCUGGACCAAUCAGAUCCCACGGCCGUGCCUGAGGCCUCACCUCUCAGCCUAUGGGGAGUGGCACUGUGCGUAUCGGGAACUCUCAUCGUGUCCGAAAACGCCAUCGUAGUGGCUGCCAUCUUGGCCACGCCUUCUCUCCGCGCUCCUGUCUUCCUACUCCUUGCCAGUCUGGCAUUAGCUGACCUGCUGGCGGGCGUGGCUUUGAUCCUCCACUUCCUCUUCCUGUUUUGUGUGGAGCCCACUGAUUGGUCGGAGCUGAUGACGGCAGGGUUGCUGGCGACAUCACUGACGGCCUCCCUCCUCAGCCUGAUGGGCGUGGCCCUGGAUCGUUACCUGUCUCUAAGCCACGCCCUCACCUACGGCUCCCGCCACUCCCGCCGCUGUGCCGCUGGUCUUCUGGCACUCGUCUGGCUGGGGUCGUGUCUGAUUGGCUCGGGGCCGGUGCUGGGGUGGCACUGCCUCAAUGACAUCACAUCCUGUUCCGUUGCGCGACCCCUGACCCGGACAUACCUGUCGUUGCUCUGCGGCGGCUUCCUUCUGGUCGUCAUGGUCACGCUGCAGCUGUACACCGGGAUCUGCCGUGUCGCAAGGAGGCACGCCCACGCCAUCGCCACGCAGAGGCACUUCCUGCCUGACGACCAAUCGUAUGCCAGUAAGCACGGGGGCCGGGGUAAGGGACUCUCUCGGCUGUUGUUAGUCCUCGGAGUGUUCGUCAGCUGCUGGACGCCCUUCGCCCUCUACGGAUUGCUGGGCGACGCAUCUAGCUCGCCCCUGUAUACGUACGCUACGCUAGUGCCGGCAGCGGGGAACUCUCUGCUCAACCCUCUACUGUAUAGCCUGAGGAACAGAGACAUACGACUGGUGCUGCUGCACGCCUGCUGUCCUCACAGACACAACACACACAGGCCUGUUGAUGUGUAGGAUGGACACACACACACACACAC